GGAAGACAAAAAAGUCAUGAUGGAUGUUCAAAAGGAAGAGUCCGUAAGAAGGAGAAAGUCGGCAAAGGAUCAUAGUCCAAAGAAAGUUCGACAAGACAGCGCAUUCGAUGAAGACAUUGAUGAAAUCAAAAAGCAAUUGAAGUACAAUUCAAGAGAUAAUCAAAUUGAAUUGAAACACACCGUUGCUGCUUCGGUCGUGACCAUCAUGUCCUUUUUCGCUACAUUUUACAUGAUCUGGUUCCCUGCCAACGUAGUGUUUGAUGAAGUUCAUUUUGGAAAGUUUGCAGGCUACUAUAUCCAAAGAAUCUUUUUCUUUGAUGUCCAUCCUCCCCUCGCAAAACUUAUGUUGGCAGCGGUUGGAUACAUGGUCGGCUUUGACGGUGUCUAUCAAUUCUCAAACAUCGGUGAAAGUUAUGCUGCAAACCACGUUCCUUAUAUCUGUCUUCGCGCUUUACCCGCUUCUUUACACGUAUUGGGUGUUGCUCUCGUCUAUAACAUUAUGCGAGAGUCCGGAAGUUCUGUAUUAACGUGUUUUUUAACUGCAACAUUAUACUUGUUAGACAACGCGUUCAUUAGUCAAAAUAGAUUGAUUCUUUUAGACAGUAUUUUGAUCUUUUACAUGCUGACUACCAUCUAUGCCUAUAUUCGAUUCCGUAAAUUAAGACACACCCCUUUUACCUCGUCUUGGUGGAUCUGGUUAAAUGCUACAGGUGUUUGUAUGGCACUUACGCUCAGCGUCAAAAUGGUUGGUGUGUUUAUGGUUGCAGUUAUUGGUAUUGCAGUCUUGAUGGAUCUCUGGGACCUAUUGGAUGUCAAACAUCAAUUAUCUAACAAAACACUUGCUCAACAUUUUGGUGCUAGAUGCAUUGGUUUGAUCAUUGUCCCUAGUCUUAUUUACUUGGUUUGGUUCUACAUUCAUUUUGCCAUUUUGACGAUAUCAGGCCCUGGUGAUAUGUACAUGAGUGCCAAAUUCCAAAGUACUUUAGCUGAUAGUCCUAGUCGAUUACAAUCUUUAGAUAUUAUGUUCAACCAAUCCAUCAAGAUUCAACACCGAGGUACAGGCGCUUUCCUUCAUUCUUAUAAUCUCAAUUAUCCCCAGCAGUAUGAAGAUGGUCGUUUCAGUUCCAGAGGUAGACAAGUGGUUGGUAAUAUGAACCCGGAUAUCAACAGUUAUUGGCGUUUAGUAGCCCCUGGCUCUGAAGAGGUCGCUAACCAAUAUAUCCAUCAUAAUGAUAUUGUCCGACUUGAACAUAUCACCACAGGAGGAAAGUUGAUGACGCAUAAUGUAGCUGCUCCUUUCACCCCUACAAAUCAGGAGUUUACCACCGUGUAUGAUGAAAUCUAUUACAAUGACACUUUAUUUAAAGUUGUGUUAGGCGACUUGUCUUCUGGUACAAAUUGGAAUACCGUAAUUAAUUCUGUGAAUCUGGUGCAUGUCAAGACGGGCGUUGGACUCUUUUGUACUUCAAAACAAUUGCCUGAAUGGGGCCAGUUUCACUUGGAAGUGAAUGGUAACAAGGUUGCAAUGGAUGUUAAUAAUUAUUGGACUGCCACAGAUAUUUUAGGCCUGGAUGCCGUUGCUAUUAAUCUUGCGAAAGAUAAAAAACAAGUACAGAGUAUGAGUUUUCUUUCUAAAUUCUAUGAAUAUCAGAAACAGAUGAUUGUACAGAAUAGCCAAUUGGUAGGAGCCCAUCCAUAUCAGUCAGGACCUCUUUCUUGGCCACUCAUGACACGCGGUGUUAAUUAUUGGACAGAUAUGGAGACCAGAAAUCAAAUAUAUAUGACUGGAAACGUUGCUGGAUGGUGGGGCGGUCUUGUCUGUAUUGGUCUUUUCAUUAUGAUGAUUGUUUCAGAUCAAGGACUUGCCAAACGAGGCUAUCCAUUAAUGAGAACCACUACACGAAUUAGACUUUUCCGAACAGGUGGUUUCUUUCUCUUGUUAUGGGCCAUGCAUUAUUUACCUUUCUUUUUGAUGGGUCGUUCCUUAUUUUUACAUCAUUAUUUACCUGCCAUGGCCUGUAACUAUCUCUUGAUUGGUAGUGUCUUUGAGUAUUUUUUUGUGGAUGGUGUAAACUCGCCUGUUUCUUUCCAGCCCUCCAAAAAACGCUUCAGUUUGGACCAAACACGUCUCAGCUGGAAAAGUUAUUUGGCAGCUACUAUUAUUUUGGGUAUGCAGUUUGUAGUCUAUCUAUUUUUGGCUCCUAUGACAUACGGUACACCCGUGAUGUCGUAUGAAGACGCUACAAGACACAAGGUCUUAAAAUCCUGGGAUUUACAAUUUACUAACUGAUUAUUGCAUAUUUGCUCACAUCCUUUUCAAAUUAUCAUAAAAUGUUUCAAAUAAAUAUUUCUUCGCAUAUAGUAUGUAAGACAUAGUUUUAAAUGAUUAAUAGCAGUAGUGUAGUUUUUUUACGUCAUUGCAGAUACACAUAAUCUUUUCUAGGUAAGCAUUGCCAGAGUUGCAACCCCUUAACAAAAUAGGCCCCCCUUUCCUUUUAAGUAUAAACAAUGAAUUAACCAAGCGCCCUAAUGGUGUUCCAUUGUAUCUAUUGCCAAUUAUCUCCUGCAGGCUCGAAAUUGUGGCCCCUUUCU